AGGCCCGCCCCGGAAAUGGCGUUGCGCGCUCCACCGGAAGCAGACGUGGCCGGUGUUGCUGACGGUUGUGACUGGGUGGCUGCUGGCUCUCUCCCGAUCGGUCCCCACAGCCCCCCGCCGGGCGGGAUGAGGCGGUGCCGGCUGGGCCCCGCGGCGCUGCUGGCGCUGCUGGGCGGGGUCCUGGCGGGGGCUGGAGGCGGCGGCGGCGGCGGCCGAGCCCUCCCGCAGCUCAGCGACGACGUCCCCUUCAGGGUGAACUGGCCCGGCACCGCCUUCAGCCUGCCAACAACUGGUGUUUUGUACAAAGAAGAUAAUUACAUCAUUAUGACAACUGUAGAUAAAGAAAAAUAUAAAUGUAUACUUCCACUGAUAGCAAACGGAGAUGAGGAAGAAGAAAAGGAUUAUAAAGGGCCUAGUCCAGGAGAAUUGUUGGAACCUCUUUUCAAACAAAGUAGUUGUUCAUAUAGAAUUGAAUCUUACUGGACUUACGAAGUCUGCCAUGGAAAAUACAUUCGUCAGUACCAUGAAGAGAAAGAAACUGGCCAGAAAAUAAACAUUCAAGAGUACUACCUUGGGAACAUGCUGAUAAAGAGUCCAUUAUCAGACCCAGAUCAAGACGAAAAGGAAAAUCUGAAAGAGAUUCCUACAAAGAACAUAGAAGGGCAGAUGACCCCGUACUAUCCUGUAGGAAUGGGAAAUGGUACACCUUGUAUUUUGAGACAAAACCUGCCCAGAUCAAGUACAGUGAUGUAUAUCUGUCAUCCUGAAGCUAAACAUGAGAUCCUAUCAGUAGCAGAAGUUACUACAUGUGAAUAUGAAGUGGUCAUAUUGACACCUCUGUUAUGCAACCAUCCUAAAUAUAGGUUCAGGGCUUCUCCAGUGAAUGACAUAUUUUGCCAGUCACUGCCAGGAUCCCCACUUAAACCCCAUAAUCUGGAACAGCUGGAGCAACAGCAAGAAAUGCUGAAGAUGCCUUUUAGAAGGGUUAAGGAGGAAGAAAUACAUUCAACAAAAGAAGAGAAAUUUUCCUCCAUCCAUAAGCCAGUUGCUGUUGGAUCCCAACAGUUGCUAACUGUUGGAACAACACACAUCUCCAAAUUGACUGAUGACCAACUCAUAAAGGAGUUUCUUAGUGGUUCUUACUGCUUCCAUGGGGGUGUAGGUUGGUGGAAGUAUGAAUUCUGCUAUGGCAAAUAUGUACAUCAGUAUCAUGAGGAUAAGGAAAGUGGCAAAACUUCUGUAGUUGUUGGUACCUGGAGCAAAGAAGAACACAUUGAAUGGGCCAGGAAGAAUGUUGCUAGAGCUUAUCAUCUCCAAGAAGAUGGUAUGCAGACAGUUAGAGUGGUAUCUCAUUUCUAUGGUAAUGGAGAUGUUUGUGACUUAACUGACAAGCCAAGGCAGGUGACUGUGAAGUUGAAGUGUAAAGAAUCUGAUUCCCCUCAUGCUGUAACAGUAUACAUGCUGGAGCCUCACUCCUGUCAAUACAUUCUUGGGGUGGAAUCUCCAGUCAUCUGUAAGAUCUUGGAUACAGCGGAUGAAAAUGGGCUCCUUUCGGUGCCCAAUUAAAAGAAUAAUCCAGUCUGUGAAUCAGAUUCAUAGAAAGCCAAGAGAUACUUGCCAGCCAACCUUUCCACCAGAAAUAUAUAUAUAUAUAUAUAUAUUAGAAGGAGGGACUCAUGAACCACUUUGUGUAUAUCUAUGUGUAUAUAAGAGAUGGAUAAACUUUUAAAGAUUAAAA